AUGUUCAAGCCUUCGCAACCAAUGAUGGCGCGAUUGCGCCUGACCACGAAGCAGGUCAAUGGAGGCUACUACAAGGGAAACCGGACUGGGUCCAUGGGUUAUUUCGCAAAGAACGGUUCCUAUGUGAUUGACUGGAAGAAAGUCCGCACUUAUGUUGUUCCUGAGAACCUUGCCGACUUCAAGCUCACACCGUUCGUAACGAAACGCAUGGCCCCGACAAAGGGCAAGUACAUUCGCGAGCUCGAGAAGAACGGCAAGACGGUUAUUGUUGAGCGUGCGUUUGGUGGAAAGGAAUACCUCGACAUGUGGGCAUCGGAUAACGGCCAGGAAGUGCUGGAGCAAGAGCGUCUUGAACAGGAAGCGUCUUCAAGCGCGGUGCCACCUCGUCAAUAA